AUGGAGCUCACCAAGGUUCACACCAGAGGCAAGCGCAAAACGCCUGCCACGAACCGACCUCGAGCAUUACAAGGGCAGCCGCCCGCAAAGGCCCUACGGACUAGGAAGUCAUUGUCCUCCGUCAUGGCCGCCCGAGCGACGCGCCCCCGGAGCACGCUCGACUCCCUCCCGGGGGAAAUCCUCGAGAAAAUCCUCCUUUACAGCGCCAAUCUCAGUCUGCCCCAGGUGAGCAACUUCAUUGGCAUGAAGCUUUCGGGACGGGCUACUCUGGUGCGCCUCUUCAUCUGGGCGUUUCAUGAGACGUGGGACCAAUGGUUCGGUAUUCCGACCAAUCCUGUGAUUGUCCAUGGACCUUGGUUAGAAGAUGCCCAACAUGUCCCUUGCUGUGGAGAUCCCAUAUUUCAGUCUCAAGUGCUUAAUCAACCUUGGAUCACCAUAGAUCUAAUAUUGCAAGCGCAACAGACUUGGUUUGAGAAUCAUGGGCGAGGGCGCUACUACCAACACGGCGCUUUUUGGAUUGAUAAAGCUGAUCAGGUUGGCCAUGACUAUGCCGGGGGUUUCUGCCACUUUAACGCUCGAGAAUGCUUCGAAGCAGAUUACCAGCAAGCCGUCAAAUGGCCAGCCUUUGCCGCUAGAGGCGUUCAUUGGUUUUCGCAAGAUAUACACCCCCUGACACGUAUUCCUGAUAGACUCAUUGUCGGCCCAUGGGACGACGAGAUGCAGCGGCAGCUCUUUUGGCUUUGUCGCGGUGGUUACAUGACUUGCGGAAAGCUCUUCACCCAGCCUCCUUGGGAGAUCAAGAUUGAGCUGAUCCGCAACUCCAUGCUUAAUGCCGAGGUGCCCAAUCUGCUGGCCAUCAACUGCCUCUAUCGCACCUGGGUGUUUGACGGCCUACCCUCGGACGUUGUGAGGAAGGAGAUUGUCAACCUGGAACGUCGAAUUCAAUGGGGAGGCGAUCCACACCAGACUAGAGAUCUGUUACGACGAGUCCGAAGCGCCUUUUUCCUCUCAGUGCACAUGCCCGAGAAUCUUCUAGUUAGACGGUCCGACAUCUAG